AUGGCGAUUGCAAUGAAAGUCAAAGACCGCAGCCUCGAAAGACUCAAUCUCGUCUUUGCUUUUGAUCUUGAAAACCUUGACCCAACGCUACUCGUCUGGCUCCUCGGCUUAGGGUAUUCGUUCGUUUCCUGUACCAUUGGGCCACGCUUCCUUGCGUCAAAGAUGCGACGCAUUGUUGCAGAAGUCUAUCAUUCUGAACCCGCCUUCCGUUUCAUUUCGCAUCGAAGCUCACGACCAUCCUCAAGCUCAAGCUGA